GAGCAACUCUGUGAGAUCACUCCCCUUCUUCAGUAUAAAACCAAAAACAGUUGGCAUCUUUUCAUUCCUAAGGCCAGGGAAGAGCUGUUGUUCCCUACUCUGGUCUAGGGAGCUACUGGAAACUGAACAAAACUCCCUGUUUCAAGUGGGGGAAGAGAGACUCCUGAAGGGGAGAGACUACCCAAGAUCCUCAGCGAUCACCAGCUCAGGAAGAGAUUGAUUUUGACCAGUAAAAGGACAGUGAUUUUAGCUAGUGACUUGGCACCUGACAAGGGCAAGGUUUAGAACACAGACAGAGGCACGAACUGAAUUGAAGGGCCACCUGCCAAGAACAGCAAGGUCCUUUGAACCACAUAGUCGCUACUCUUCCCAAGCCAUCUUCCAUUCUGACCAUGAGCACUCUAUCAUCACUUGCCCGGUGCCUGAUUGUGGUCUUAGCCUGCAUCACACCGACAGUUACCAAGCACUGCUUUUAUUGUGACUUUACUAAUUCGAACCACUGCAUAGGUGCUCCCAUGUACUGCGGGGAAGAAGAGGAUUGCUACGUUGGACAUGGUACAGCCACUGGCCUCGCCCACAUUAUGAACAAAGGAUGUGUGGCAGUCACCAGCUGCGGGAAGGAAGAACCUCUCAAUUACAUGGAGGUUACCUACAACUUCAUCAUCUACUGCUGCCAAGGAAACCUCUGUAAUGCUGGCCCUACUGGCCCAAAGCAAGCUCCAUCAAGCUUCACUACCAUCAUCGCUGGGCUGAGCCUAACCGUUCUGACAUGGAUGCUGUGAGCAUCAGCACAAGCCUGCCACCACUAUCUCCAUCAUUAUCCCUCCACCCUCCCUCUCCCAAUAUUCCCUCCCAUCCUCUCUCCUGGUACCCUUCCCCUUUCCUAUUUCAGAAUAAAGCAGCUUUUUAAGGCAGAAAAAAAAAAAGAAAAU